ACGGCUUUCCAUACCUGAAUCCUCUCUCCUCUCUGUUCUGUUUUCAGUUUUCACAAACACAACACAACUGAAUCUUCUCUGAACCAACGAAACACAAAAACAAAGAAAAAUAAAUUUAUUUAUUUUCAAAAUCACCAAAUCUUCCAAUUUGCGUCACUCUCAUUUUUCUCAUGGAGUUUGAGAUUGAUGAUAACACCAAUGGUGAGCCAGUAGGAAAUGCUACUAUGGGAGAGGUUAGUAGCAGCAUAGCUGACAAAGACAUAGUCGACUGUAGUUCUUUGGAUCCAACUGAUGAACAGGAUCAAGAUGAUAAUAUGACUCAAGAUUCUUCUGGAGCCGACCAAAUACCAUCACCAGUUCUUCCAUUAUCGGUUGUGAGAAUCGAGGAACCCUAUUUGGGUCAGGAGUUUGUAUCGGAAGCCGAAGCCCAUGCAUUUUAUAAUGCAUAUGCUACGCGUGUUGGAUUUGUCAUACGUGUAAGUAAGCUCUCGAGGUCAAGGCGUGAUGGAUCUGUUAUUGGACGGGCUCUUGUUUGUAACAAAGAAGGUUUCAGAAUGCCUGACAAGCGGGAAAAGAUUGUAAGGCAAAGGGCAGAAACAAGGGUUGGUUGCAGGGCAAUGAUAAUGGUGAGGAAAUUAAAUUCUGGUUUGUGGUCUAUAACAAAGUUUGUAAAGGAGCACACACAUCCUCUGACACCUGGAAGAGGCAGACGUGACUUCGUUUAUGAGCAAUAUCCGAGUGGACAUGACAGAGUUCGAGAACUAACUCAGCAGUUGGACCUAGAGAAAAAGCGAACUGAAACCUAUAAAAGGAAUCUUGAAUUGUUAUAUGAGUACAUCGAAGAGCAUAAUGAAACUGUUUCAAAGCAGAUACAGCAAAUAGUAGAGAGUGUGAAGGAGGUGGAAGCCAAAGAACAAGAGAAUCCUAGAUAGUUUCAAUUCUCUUUUAUCAUCUUGACUUGUAAUUCUUUCUCACUGGAUGAAUGGUGGUAGAUAAAUUGUGCAAUAGCCAAAUAUAUAAUUGCUGACUUAGAUAUCUGGUUCAGUCCAGCUUUAGGUGUCAAGGUGAGUUUCUGUAGUACAAUUUGUUAAGUUCAAUGGAGUUCAAUAAUUCAUUGGAUUGCUUUAUAUGCUUUGAUACUUUAGUUGUUAGAAGAGACUAGUUCAGUCAAUGUACAGGUCAUUUGAGUACAUAAAUGGCAUUCUAAUGCCUUGAUAGAAUUUUCUUAUUCCAUUGUUAAUUUGAUUUGUGGCUGCCUUUAUUUUCUUUUUUGUUUACAAUAAAGCCCAUAAUCAAAGACAGGACCUCUAACAUGCUAUCCAAAUCCCUCACCAUUAGACCAAUUUUUCUUUUUCUAUCAAGGUUAAAACUUAAAACA